AUGUAUCAGCACAACUUUCAGGAAAAAUGCUUUGGCUUGUUCGAGCAGAAAAUAUUUGUUACACGAAUGGAAGUUUACGGAAAAAAUGAUGAUGAACUUCAUCCUAAAAUCUGGGUGCCACGAGUUUGGACAAAUCCUCGAAACUUCAAUUUUGAUCAUAUUGGAAAUGCGAUGUUAGCGCUUUUUGAGACUUUAUCCUAUAAGGGGUGGAAUGUUAUUCGAGAUAUCUUGUGGAUGAGACAAGGACCUUGGGCAGUAGUUUUUAUACACAUUUAUGUGUUCAUCGGAUGCAUGAUUGGCUUAACACUUUUCGUUGGCGUUGUUAUUGCUAAUUAUACUGAAAACAGAGUAAGCAGCCUUUCAUUCUAUUCAUCCUCACCGAUUUCAGUUUUUUUGAUGCAGCAGUAGCG